GUUUUUAUUCCCCGGAUGAACCUGAAUGCAGCAUCUUGUAUGCGCGUUGAGCGCCCUCUGGUGGAGAACGGUAAGACGUUCAGUUUCGGGACUUCCUGCUGCUGCGAAAAAGAAACUGAAAGAAUAAAUGAGCUCAGAGCAGUGACUCGACUGAAGGAUUUCUCUCUUGUGAUGGAGCAAGCACCGCCGCCCUCCAAGGACUCGUUGGAGGAAAUCCAGGCCUUGAUCGCCAACUAUAAGAAAAUAUGCAGUCAGCUGUCUGUGGACCAGACGGAGCUGGCCAGCGUCACCAAGGACAACCAGGAGAUGACUCAGAAGUGCAGGCAGCGCUCCGUCAAACUGGCCCAGAGCCUGGAUGAGGAGCAGCGCUCCAACAAGGAGCGCAUCGAAAAUGAAAAGGCGACAGUGAGUUCGCUGAGUCUGGAGGAAAUCCAGCUCAUGGAGGAGAUACAGAAAGUGGAGGUCGCCCUGAAGCAGGAGGAGGGAGAAAACGAGCAGCUGAGACAGGAGGCCGAUGUGUUCACCACUGUACCAGAGAAGAAGGUCGUCUUCACCGGGGAUACGGGAAACGCCGGCGACGCACGAAAGUUUGAAAUGAACUCGCGCGUAGUCUAUCCGAUGGAGGGGGGGACGGCACUGAUUACGUUUGAGGAUGAAGCCGCGGCCAACAGGAUCCUGACCAUGAAGACGCAUCAGGUGGCUCUGGAAGGCGACUGCCACAUCACCGUGGAGGCCCGGCCGGUUCGGCUGAUGCUGCCCAGCCUGGUGGAGAUCGCCUCUGAGGUUUGUCCUCAGCGCAUGUUAAUCAGCGACCUGCCCGAGAUGGACACGGAGACUCUGCUGAACAAGCUGGACAUCCACUUCCACCGGCGGAUAAACGGAGGCGGGGAGGUGGAGGGCUGUGAAUUCCUGCCGGACUCCGGGACCGUGGUCCUCACAUUCGUGGACGACAACAUCGCGCAAGGUUUGACGGAGACGGAGUUCCAUGAAGUGCAGCUGAAAAACAAGAAGCACACGGUGCGAGUGACUCCUUUUCUGAACGGGAAAAUCACAAACCUUAAGACCAAGUGGUCGGCGUGUCCUCGCACGUUGCUCCUGGCGGGGAUCCCUGAGGUCAUGGAGCAGGAAACGCUGCAGGACCUGCUGGAAAUCCACUUCCAGAAAAACAGCAACGGCGGAGGAGAGAUCGAAGCCGUCCUCUACAACCCGCCGGGUCGCCGCGCCUCGGCGCUGUUCGAGAGCGUCGGCCGCCCGCAGGAAAAGGAGCAGUGAGCCGUCGGUUCACCGGCUUCUCACGGUGACGGGAUACACGCCGGGUUUUUAAGUUUUAAAUAUAUUCUCCGGUGAUGGAAGUUCAGGACAUUACAGAGUGAACUUAUGAAACUGCCAGCUGCUGCCAUAAGUCUGGAAUUGAAUAAACUUAUUGAUAGAUGAAAACGAUGAUGUGUUUGCGGUGUAGUUAAUCAAAAAAAUAGAUUAACAGCAAUAACAAUGUUAACAGUGUAAUUACAUUGGUCCAAUGACCUUAUUGUUCUUUGAGUAACCUGUAACCUUCUGCAUGUAAAACAUUUGACCAAACUACUUUACAACUUUAUGAAACAUCAAAUAUAAAUGGCCGUCAGUAACACUGUGUUGGCACAGUGCAAAUAAAGUGGCUAAGACUAAACAAACCUUUAGGAAUAUAUUAAUUGAAGUAAAUGCACAAUUGUCUUUGUCCUGACUUUCAAAUCAGGAAAUAUUAAUAGUUGCCUCAUACAAAGCCUCCGAGUUUGUCAGUCGAACCGGUUUAGUUAUCAAAUCUGUCCUGGUGAAUGUUCACAGGACAAGUGGCUCGUCAUAAAGAAUGACAACAGAACAUUUUCAUUAAAAUCCUUUUGUGCCACUUC